AUGGAACCAUCCAAUGCACGCGUAAAGCGGCCGUCUAAAUUGCUCAAUUUAAGCAAUUUUGAGCAACGCGAUGAGCUCGAAGAGAAAUUGGAAAAUGGGUUCAGUAUGGUUCAAAAUCGAACAAGCGGUCUUCCGGAGAAAGAAUCAUACGAUGUUCUGUUGCAGAUGGCUGGAGAAACAAAGGUAUUUGAGAGUAUUACAGGGGGCCUUUUAUACGGAUUGCUAACAGAACCACAGAAUGCUCAAAAGUAUUUUUCUCUCAUGUCGCUGUUAGCACGUGAUGGUUGGUUCUGUGCUUUAUGCAAUGUUAACAUGAUAUUAUUUGAACUUUAUCCGAGAAUGCGAUCAGAAGUGCGCGAACAAAUUGUGUACUUUUUUCGAGAAGCAAUCAAAUCAAAUGUUCCGAAAAUUGACAACGUUCUAAUCAAUUAUCUUCGUAACGCUAAUGACGGAAGUGAUUUAAAGGAAACUUGCGCUCUUUUAAGUGCUGUCGCUGGUAUGCUAAACGAUCAUCAUGCUUGGUUGAGCGAACUGAAACCAAAAGCUUCUCUUAUUCCAGUUACCUUGCUCACUUUUACAAGAUUUAUUUGUGACUUUAACUCUUUCAACGCAUUCGAACUGUUACGCACCCAGAUGAUAAAUGUUUGUCACUGGUUGCUUACAGAACGAUUUGUGGACUGUGCACAGUUGGGACGAGAUUUAGUCUUGGCGUUAAUGAGAGUUUCGAAAAUACCACAGUUUGCUGCAAUAUGGAAACAACUUCUCUAUAACCCAAACAAACUGGGAUCUAAUAUUAGUGUUGAAGAACUAAUGAACCGUAUGUGUCCACAUACUUUUCCUCUCUACCGGAUAUCUGUAGCUAUGCAGCGAAAACUUGAAUUCAUAUUUGCCAAGGUGAAGCCUGGAACACAUGAGCGACACUUGGAUUGGUUCAAAAAACAGUAUUUAUCGAAUCCAGAGGCUGGCAGCCUUCGUUCUGAGUUAAUACGUUGUGCUAUAUUUCUUUCAUGCGGUGAAACACCUCAAGUUGGCCAGGAGAUGAAAGCUGUUUUCAUUACUUCAAUGUUCCCGCAAGCGAGUAGCAUAAUGGAGCAGCAGUGGUGCAAGCUGCAUCUUUUAUGGGACUGGUUUUGUUAUGAUCCCACUACUGGCGGUCAUGUUCUAAUUGAGCCUGCUUUUCACGUAUUACGUCAUCUCUUGCAUGUCCAACCGUUACUUGCGAAUUCGCUUGUUGAUUUUAUGAUAAGAAUGAGUUAUGAACUUCAUCCGCAGCUACAGCAACGAAUAACAACUUCAGUGACAAAUUCAUUCAAGUUUCUGAUUGAUCACAAUGUUCUAGGGUCUCCUUCCGUGAUAUUUGAUAAUCCAGUGCUGCAAAAGAAUGUGCGAGAAAUUUUUCGGGAUACAUUUCGAGGACUUUUUCGACCACCGCAAACAACACAAACACACCUUCCUGUUUCAGGAAUAGAGCUUAUUGAGGUACCAAUAUCUGAUGUAGAAGUAGCGCCGAGCGAAACCGGUUCAGCAGUUACGGAAGAGGUUGUUAGCAUGGACUCAUCAAUAGUCGAAGACGGCGGAUCAGUUGAUGAGGAAUUUGGCUUAUCAUGUGAAGAAAAAGUAAUGACACUCUUAGCUGCUGUCAAAGAAGAAUUUCGAGAGCCAAUUGAAAAUCUAUCGAAUGUGAAAAAUUCAGACAAUGAUAUGCGAUGUGAAAUGAUGCAAAAGUUGUUAUCUUCUAUAUUCGAUAAUGAUGAAUUACUGGAUGAAGAACAGAUUGAGUUGUUAUCGGAAUGUCUCCUGCUUAUUUUCCGAAAGGAUAUCCGAAAUAGAAAACCAUUGUUGGAAGGUUUUUUGGACACACCUGAAGUUCUGGAGGAAAUGUUUAAUCAGCCGCUGUAUGUAAUAUUUCGAAAUCUUUGUCUUACACCGGAUAGUGAUGCUACGAGACAGCUGCUGUUAUCUCUAAUUGCUGAAAUGUGUGAAAGGUGCUCCUCUAUAUCGUAUUUAUUGUUAUUUUUCACAUCCUCAAAUCGUCGUGACCAGAACGAUACUGCAAUUGCUGCUUAUACUGAUCUAUGUCGACUUCUAGAUAACCCACCAAUCCAGCAAAUUGUUUCAGACUUGCAGCAAUGUCACAUCGAUGACUAUGUACUGUUCGCACAUCUUAUUCCAUAUGUGUAUGAAAAAUUUGCCACAGAAGCAAUGGGUAGUAUUGAAUUGAUGAAAUUGCUAGCUCAUUCAUUAGAUGGGCGGCAGAUUGCUGAUCUUAUUGGUGAAAUGGUUCGGGAAAAUAUUUCAUUUUUUAGGAAAGACUCUUUUUUGCCUAUUGUUAGUGCUUCAUUGACAUGGGAAACAACCGCUCAGUUUGUUUUCUGGCAGCUAGUACAUGCAGAAGGUGUUCCUGUGGAUUGGAUUUUACAAAUGAUUUCUAAACUACAAUAUCCAAAACAUUCGGAAGCAAUUGCGCAAGUUUAUAUCAUGCUCCAAAGGAUGGAUCGCGAACCGAAUAUGGGCCUUAUACGAAAUCUUUUAUCUCGAACACCAUCUGAUAUGUUUACUGUAAAUUGUCUGAAACUGAUGAUCAAGGAUCCAGAUUAUGCAACUCGAGUUGCAGAAUUGCUUUCCAAUCUCAUUGACAAAUUGAUUCAAUCCGGUGAUCUUCUUCCAAUUCAUUCAAAAGGGAAGCGUCCAGCACAAAGAUAUGUUUGUUUGGAUCAGCUUUUUUCACAUCUUGACAAAUUUCGACAGAGUUGUUUGUCGAAGGAUAGUCAUGUGGCGGAAGCGUUUUUGGCUCGCCCCACUCUACAGGAAGCAUUUACAGCAGCAAGGGCGGCUGAAAAAGUGUCAUCUCUUCGAAUACGCUAUAGCGAGCUGUUUGCUGUGAUGGAAAUAUUGAGUGAUGAUAAUGCACAAACAGCUCGUUCUUUAAGAAGAACCAAAACGUCUAAAAAAAUAACCGAUGUGAGCGAUGACGAGAACAAAAACUCAAAGCGAAAACGCCAGAAACUGAUAGUUGAUUCUGAUAGUGAUUAA